UCUCCAAGCUGACUUCUCUCAGUCAGCUGGAAAUGACCUGGAGGAGCAGAGUUCACUUCCCUCCACUUCUUGUGCGAGUCCUGCACAAAUCUAGACUGAGGUACUACGGGAAACCAGAGAAAAAACUGGAUAUGCCUUAUCAGGCUUACUUUGAAGUUGCUGAUGGUUCAGGCAUGAUGUCAAUGGUUUUGUGGAAUUCAUUGUGUCCUGAAUGGUAUAACAGUAUGAAGGUUGGCACAGUACUUCUCCUCGAACAGUAUGCUAUCAAAAACAGUUACCCAUUUAAAACACAGCCAACCCCAGGGGAUUCACAGAUGAAGAGAUUUGCUACAAUUGAAAUCAGCCUGAAUGUUCGGGACCCUCCUACUAAAAUACGUAUUAUUCCGGAAGAAAUGGUUAAGCCAGAGUGGGGAUUACCUGAGGUUAAAUACCGGUUUAUCACAAGGUCAGAACUGGAUGACUUACCAAACAAUCAUUCCUGUGACGUUAUUGGUCUUGUGACAUUUGUAGGAAGGGCUGAACGAACAAGAAAGAGAGAACACAGUGAAGACUUCUGGCUCUAUCGCUGGGCACAUGCCAUUGACGGCACAUCAGACCAGCCAUUCAUUCUGGAAUUAUUUGCAACUUCUCAGCCAGAUGUGUUUGAGCGUAUUCACCCAAUGACAUACUUGGUGUGUACACAGAUGAGAGUGGUACGGGACCUCACUGAGAAUCCUUCCAGCACGAUUUACCUUACGACUUCAAAUGAAAGUCAAAUAUUCAUUACAGGAUGGCACAAGGGCCAGCCAUACACCAAGGAUACCAAAGUGAAAAACUUCAUUCAGUGGACGAAAACACAAAAUGAAGCCGAUCAGAUGAAGAAAACUGUCAUUGGUGGCUAUUACCCUUUUCCACGGCCUCCAGAUAGCUUUCUGAAAUACUGUAAAAACAAUAAAGUUGAAGCGGUUUUGAAAACCAUAGGUGAAACGGGGAAGGAGCUCGAAGACUUGCACUACAGAGAACACAAGCGCAUUGCCGUUCAGGGGAUCAUCAGUGCCGUACGGUACAUCAGCUGGAGCAAUGCAGGUGAAGAAGCCUCGGGAUCAGAGCUUGCUCAGAAAGUUACUUCUCCGUCUCCUGAAAGUUCUGCUGUGUCCAAAGAAGACACUGUUCACAAGGGAAAAAGCACCAGCCUUCAAAAUAAAGAAGUUAAGUCUUUUCUGGGGCCACAUGACAGUGGGGAACAAGAUCAGCACCAGGCUCCAAAAAAGAGUUCAGUCAAGAGAAAGAAACUGCGCAGAUUAAAUGCGGAUGCAGAACAGGAAACUGCAUCUGUUGGUCCUGCAUCAUCUUGCUCCUAUUUCACACGGUCUGCAAGAAGAAAAUUUGGCUUGGAUGAAUUUCCCCAUGAAGAUUUUGUGCAAGAUAAAGAUGAAGAGGCUGUAUCAGACAGUUCACAGCACCGCACAGACCAAGAAGGAAUGAGUGAUACACCUGAGACUGAAGACACUGGAAGAACUUGUGAUUCGUGGCAGAGUGACCUGUGGGCACAAGUGAAAGACAAGUUAAUGAAAUAUUUGCAUCAUGGCACAAUUUUCCCAGAAAGCAUCCCACGUAAAUUUGAUUACGUGCACAAAGACUUACUUAUGCAGCAGUACAACCUUCAUCCAGCAGUGCACCAGCCAAAAGAAACCCGAAGAGAUAAAAAUAUCAGUGAGUUUAAAAGUGUUACCGGCCUCGGGUACUAUGAAGUGACAGUUCUGGGUAUAAACCACGACGUAGCAAUGGAUGUUGCAUUUCUUCCACUGUUUUGUCCUGAAGAUCCCCACUUGUUUCAACUAGCAGACAUUCAAAACGACACGUUAUUGUCUUGUAUGAGUUGCGUGUCCACAUGUCAGCAGAAGGCCGCUAGCAAUGGAAGGCUGUCAACUUUUCCAUAUCUAAAUGAAGUUGUAAAAGCAGCGAUGGAUCUGGAUGGCAAACAUGUUGUCUGCAUCUUGGACGUCUGUCACUUGGGUGGCGAUAAGGUGGAAGUCUUUCUCAGCAAAAUCUACAAGACCGUGGAACCUGGCAUGCUGGAUCCAGUGUAA